AGUUCACCUGUUGCUUUGCAACUCAAGCAACGAACCUUAAAUACCGUUUCUCCACGCGUAAUAGUCUUCAGAGUUUCAAUGAUUGGAAUCAUUCAUAUCUCAUUCUCAGCCUCUACAUGGCUGAGAAGGAAUUGUGGCAGUGUUUAUAGGGUUUACGACGAAACAGGUGUGUGCAGCAACGUGUUUAACUUAAUUUUUUGACACUUUAUACAGACAAAACUGUACCUAUCAUAGUCAGGGAGUGUCAGAGAUCAGAACUAAUUAUGGCUUUGCUAUUGUGGUUACAGUGUGAAAUUAUAUAUAGAAAAUAUUUAACCGUGUCAGGGUUUAGCAAUUAUCAACCUUGAAGGUGUUUGAAAAAGUAUAAAAGGACAUAGGUAAUCCUUGAUUUUGUUCUUCAGUUUGCUUCCCACACACCAUGAAAUCUUCAGUUUUUAUUGCUAUUGCAUUCACUACUUUAUCCGUUAACGCCCAGAACUUGGCUAUCAGAGCUGCUUCUAGUGGUUCAGUUAAUGCUUCUGCCUCUGAGGAUUCUGCCUCUGAGGGUUCUGCUUCUGCUAGAACUUCUGGUUCCGCCAGAUCUUCUGGUUCCGCCAGAUCAUCUGGCUCAGCUGCCAGAGCCUCUGAUUCUUCCCUGUCGGGAGGCUCGUCGUCUUCUCGUGAAAGUUCUUCCCACGGUGGGGUAGAUUCUGUUACUGCUGGUUAUGGUUUGUCCCUUGCCGCUGUGUUGGCCGGCUCAUUGUUGAUUUAGAUGUAGUCCAUAGACCAAUGUACAAUGUUGCAAUUUGGCUGCGAAAAAGUAGAGUGGAGGUGAGUUGGCACAGACACACAAGUGGGCACAAUAGUUUGUGCUGUGGG